AUGGAUUCAAAACUCCUAAAGUCAAUCCUACCAAGCAGUACGAAGUUCCCGGAGUGGUACGGUCUUCCAAAGGACCAUAAGCAGAACUUACCAUUGCGACCCGUGGUAGCAGCGUGCGACAGCCCAACGACUGGAGUAUCUAUUGUAUUGGAGCGCAUCCUACAGCAGCUCAUUCAAUUUGUCCCAGCCCACCUGGCUAACACGACGGAAGCAAUAACCCACAUCUGUGACGCAUGUCCGGGAUUGAACGCCCCCGAUGGCACCAUUGUUAUGUCCAUGGAUGUAGUCGGGUUAUAUCCGAGCAUACCUAUUCGGGAGGGCGUUCAGGCAGUGGUGGAUAUGCUGCAGCAGUAUUCCCAGCGGAUCGACAUGUUUGGGCUGAGUGUGAGCGGGGUACGGAAUCUGCUGCUGUUUGUUCUCAGCCACAACUAUUUCAGAUUCGGCCAUCAGAUCUAUCGCCAAGUGGACGGGGUUGCAAUGGGUAACAAUCUUGCACCCCCAUUUGCGAUUCUAUUCAUGCAUACGGUUGAGGCCAGGCUUCUGCAGGAUUCUCCGUUAGUACCGCUCCUCUACAAACGCUACAUCGACGAUAUCCUGCUGCUAUGGACCCACGGCAGAGAGAGCUUGAUGCGGUUUGUGCAGCAUUUCAACUGUGCACACCCAAGUAUCAACUUCACAUAUGAGCUCAGCGAGAAUGGCAGGACACCAUUGGACGAGGCGAGAUUAUGGGAACGUCAUGCGGUUGUAGAGCUAUUGGAGAAGACCACUCCAAAGCCAUCAUGA